AGGUGACUUCAUCACAUGGCGAUAGGGAAUCACUCUUCCGUGACUGAAUUCUUCCUGGUGGGGCUUUCCCAAUACCCGGAGCUCCAGCUUUCUCUGUUUGUGCUCUGCCUCAUCAUGUACCUGAUAAUCCUCCUGGGAAACAGCCUCCUCAUUACCAUCAGCAUCCUAGAUUCCCGCCUCCACACCCCUAUGUAUUUCUUCCUUGGGAACCUCUCAUUCUUGGAUAUCUGUUAUACAACAUCAACCAUUCCUCAAAUGCUCAUCACAUUUGGAUCUGAGAGAAAAUCCAUCUCUUUCAUUGGCUGUGUACUGCAGAUGGUUGUGUCACUUGGUUUGGGCUCCACUGAAUGUGUCCUCCUUGCUAUGAUGGCCUAUGACAGGUACGUGGCCAUCUGCAACCCACUGAGGUACCCCAUCAUCAUGAACAGGGUACUAUGUAUGCACAUGGCCACAUGGUCCUGGAUCACAGGCUAUCUGAACUCCCUAGUACAAACAAGCUUUACAAUGGUGUUGCCUUUCUGUGGGAAUAAUAUCAUUGAUCAUAUUACUUGUGAGAUCGUAGCUCUACUUAAACUUGUCUGCUCAGAUAUCACCAUCAAUAUACUUAUCAUGACAGUGGAAAGUAUUGUUUUACUGAUGAUUCCUCUGACGUUAAUUUUUAUCUCAUAUGUUUUUAUUCUCUCUUCCAUACUGAGAAUUAAUUCUGCUGAGGGAAGAAAGAAAGCCUUUUCUACCUGUUCUGCUCACCUGACUGUUGUCAUCUUAUUCUAUGGUUCAGCCCUUUUUAUGUACAUGAAGCCCAAGUCAAAAGACACAAAGACAUCUGAUGAGAUCAUUGGACUGUCUUAUGGUGUGGUGACCCCAAUGUUGAACCCAAUCAUCUAUAGCCUGAGGAACAAGGAGGUAAAAGAGGCUGUGAUGAAAGUCCUGAAUAGACACCUACAUCGAUGGAAAAUAUGUAAGGCCUUGAGGCAUGUGAUAUCCUUAAUGAGGAACAAGAUCAGGUCUUUUGCAUUCACAAAUGAAGUCAGAGAACCCAGAGUCAAGGGAGCUUUUGUGCUUGCAAAGCCAAUUAUGGAACUCCCAUGCUUUUCAACAUAGAAUGCCCACAUAAGUCUCUCUGAAUAGUGUCUGGCCUGCAGAGUAGCUGUAUGCAGCUCUGUCAAUUGGCCAUAUAAAAGGCAUUUGGCUUUUCUUCAGAGUGACUCUCUCUCCCCUCUCCUCUCUAUAUUCACUUGCUUUCUCUCUCUCUCUCAUUUUUUUCUCCCUUUUGUCUCCUCUAUUUCCUCCUCUUCCUUCUCCAAUCCUGUCCUCUCUCCUCUGUCUACUUCCUUUUUCCUCCCUCCUUCUCCUCGUUCUCCUUUCUCAGAUUCUUUGAACUGAACAUCUAUUAUUUUUGUCAUCCUA